CCCAGAAGGACAAACGGACGGGGUGAACAAGACCGCCCAGAUUUUGAUUCGUCUCCUGAACCUGUUGAAAAGGAAAAAACGGAGCGUUCGAAGGUGCAGAAAGUGCAACGAAGAACGGAGCUUCACCACGACCGGUUUCUCGCGCUCCUCAUCUCCUCUAUCCCUCAAUUCCCUCGUCGCCGAGCGACGUCCAAUUCGGUUUGUACCGAGUCAGGAAGUCACUCGUACUGUCUCGGCCCGCGAGACGACACGAAGGUGGACAACACUCUGUAGGAGUUACCUCGGAACAGUGCAUAACGAUACCAGGACAUGGAAAUAUAAGAUUAUUCGCUUUGUUCAGGUCUGACCACCGGCGCUACACCUCGCACGUCCGAAACAGUCCGGAAUGAAACCUGUGUGGAUUCGAGUGUUGUAAAGUAUAAGGAGAGGGAAAUUUGCGACGAGGAAAACGAGGUGGAAAAUUGACCGACCCGAUGAGUCGUUCGCCCGGACGAAUCUGGAUCCAUCUGCACUCCUUGCACUUCCUGUGUUCGAAGUGAUUCGGAGUGAAAUAAAGAAACGUGUUCCCUGGAACGAGAAAAAGAGGAGAAAUGAUUACUCGAUCUCUAAUCGGACGAUUGUGUAAUAUCGAUGUAAUUGUGUCACAUCGCGGUUAAUCGCGAUUUUAUCUGACUUGAUUGUUUCUAUUGUUGCUUGCGCUGAGUACAGUUGAUACGACUAUUAUUGCAGUUUGAAAGGAAUUAAGUAGGACGGCGUUUUUACUGUCGCGUGCAGAUCGACGUGACACGAAAACAAUUCGAGAAUAAUAGCUUUUUAAUUGCUUUAAUCUUUUAAUUGAUAGAUUAGAUACGACCGAUAGUAUCGAUUAUAUGACUUAAAACAGCUUAACGUACAAGUAUGAUGAUUAUCGUGAUUCGCGGGUGAUCACUCUCCCGUAUCUUAUCGAAAAUCGAAUCAAGAUUACGUAUCUAACGUAAUUGCGCUACUAUUGUUACCGAGGAGAUUACGGAAAAGAUAACAAAAACAGCGCGCGUGCGGUUACACACACACACACCUGACUUCCUAAUUUUUAUUCCUCGGCAUCGUGCGACGGUGCAACAGCACUGACGGCGAGGCGGGCGAAAGGGGACGUCGGGGGUCAAAUGGGAACCAAUGGGAUCUUUUCUUCUGCUUACCGUGUCUGUCCGUGGACUCCGCGGUACGCGCCUGCACAACUUCCGCGGCGCGCGAUGUUCCGAUGAGCCGAGUUGUUAUUUCACGCGGACGAGGUAAAUGGAGAGGCGCCAAAUGCGACGUGAUCAGGCAGUCAUCGCGGCCGAAAGAUGGAAAGAUCACGACAACUGCCCAAGGAUUUACCUGCAAUCAUUGUCAACAGUAAUGGCAGUGUUAAAGGCAAGGCAUCUUUUGUUCGACGAUUGGCAAUAGGAUUUGUAAUUCUGGCCAUAUUAGGCCUCUUAUAUGUGCCAGCGUACCACUCCGCUCAGAGCCCAUUUUUAAACUUAGGUGAAACUCCAUCCCCUGUAGAACCUCUUGGCAGUUCACGCUUCGUAGCAUCUAUGGCACAAUUGCCUGGAUGGUCAUAUAAUACAUCAAGAGAUCUCUGUGCUUAUAUUCAUCCGGAGAAUAACACAUCGAUUCUCAAUCCUACCGGCAUCUGUUCAUUACCGCCAUAUCUGCUUAUAAUUAUAUGCUCGGCAGUCGCAAAUCAGGAGGCCCGUACUGCUAUUAGAAGUACAUGGGCCAAUAAAUAUAACUUAGAUAAUUUGUACAAUUCUACAGUAAAAAUAGCGUUUCUAUUAGGAAAAAGUGACAAUGAUACACUCAAUAACUUGAUUGUUGAGGAGAGUUCUCAGUAUAAUGACAUUGUGCAAGAACGCUUCUUUGAUACAUAUAACAAUUUGACACUGAAGUCGGUCAUGAUGCUGAAAUGGGUAACAUCGAAUUGUGAUCAAGCUAAAUACCUCAUGAAAACGGACGAUGACAUGUUCGUAAACAUUCCCUUGCUUCUGCAAACGCUACGUUUGAGAACACAAACGGAGACUCUUCUAGGUUCCCUCAUUUGUAGUGCUAAACCAAUAUUAGAUCCUAAAAACAAAUGGUAUACACCCAAGUACAUGUACUCGGAGAAAACAUAUCCAAAUUAUUUAUCAGGUACAGGGUACGUUAUGAGUAUGGGUGUGGCAUCUAAGUUAUAUCAAGCAGCGUUGGUAACACCGUUGCUACACUUGGAAGACGUUUAUGUCACGGGUUUAUGCGCGAAACGCGCGAAAAUCCGACCCAUGAACCAUCCUGCAUUCAGUUAUUCACCUCGUAAAUUAGAUCCCUGCGUUCUUAGGAAUGCGAUUACUACGCAUAAGAUUAAUGCGUCCAAUAUGUAUGUGAUUUGGGUAAAAAUGAACAACACGAAUGUUUCGUGCAGCAAUCGUACUCGUAUUGAUAGAAAACCGAUCACGUUGAGCAGAAGCGGUAGGAAUGCUGGCUAUUAUGUCUUUAAAAGAAAAACUAUAAACAAGUGCGUUUAAAUGUACUUUUUAUAACGUUGAUUCCUUAUAUUAUAAGACUAAUUUUUUAUAGCUUUUUUCUAAGCGCAAGUGGAAUCGAAUAGAUGAGAAGAAAG